AUGAUAUAUAGUCGUGACAGCAACAUGAUCUUGAGUUAUAGAAAGUUCAACAAAUUUUCAGAUGAUUUAACAAACGAGAUCGUCAAUGCCAAGUAUUUUCAAUAUAAAGAAGGGUUUUCUCAAGCUCUGAUCGGUGAUAGGUAUUUUGUAUGGGAAAAGCAGAUUGGUGAAAAAUUACAAGGGGUUGUCACUUUGCAAAUUUCAGUUACCGAUUUCGUGCUUUGGUUCAUCAAUUUAUUAAUCACUCGGUCAAAAGUGGGCUUUUCCAAAAUAGAGGAUUUGUCAGAAUUUUCCGAUUUGGUGACCGACACAUUUGCUGAAAAAUUGAAGCACACUGUUGAGCACGACAUGUGGGAUGAAAUUGGUAGGGAGCAUUUCAGAUCAAGUGUUGAAUUUUUCACAUCUCGUGGCCAACCUUUGGAAGCUGUUUUACCAGCUUUCCCGUGCAAAUCAUCCAACUAUGAAAAAGUGUCUGGUGACUUACCCGAUAAGGGGGAGGAGCUUGCCUUGCAGAGGUUAUUACAUUUCGCUGAGGAAGUUCAUAAAAUAUAUCCUCCUGGUAUAAUCAUUUGGAUUGUCAGUGACGGUCACGUGUUUAGCGAUUGUAUUGCCGUUGAUGAUUCCAAAGUAAAUCGAUAUUCAGCUGCGUUGAAGCAAAUGUAUAAAAAGAUUAAACAAGCGGACACAUCACCAAUUAAAUUCUGCUCAUUGCCGGAAAUUUUCGAAUUUUCCAAAGAGCUUCCAGCAAUGGUUGAGCAUGUUGACUUGGGCCACUUCUUAGGUACUGAGAUAGAUCCCGUAUCAGAAGUUUGUCGCAAGAUAUUAAUGUCAUCGUGCGAUACUGAUAAUGGUAAAUUGAGGGAGGAUAUCAAGACACCAGGUCAUGCAAGACUAUAUUUGUUCCGUGGAUUCUCCAAAUUCAUGACUGAAGAUUUGCAAUUUCAUCCUAAAGUUGGAAAGAUGACUAGGAAAAAGUUUAAAAAGAUUGUUAGCCAAGUGGCAUACGAAAUGAUAAAGCGUAAUGAUGCAUAUUCAAAUUUGGUGGAGUUGAUGUUUCCAUUUCAUCUAAGAUUUUCAAUACAUGCUCACAACAACGCUGGUCCUAAAUUUGGAAUCUCAUUAUUGAGUAAAAUUGGAACUGAACAAUGCCUUCCAAUCGAAAGUAUUCAAGAUCACAAGGAGCCAAGAUGCACGGAUCUUUUGCACAUUCCUACUCCUUGGCACAAUUCAAUCGUAAGGAUCAAUGAUGAUGAAACAUUUUAUGUCAUUAAAGCCGCAAAGGUUAAUCAAGACUUGGGUGAUGGUUAUGGCAGUGGUGGCUGGGAUCCAAAGAGUCUUCACUAUGUCUUUACAACAAAUUAG